AUGAAGCUUCGUCCGGCCGUCCUCGGCCUCCUCCUUCUCCUCGUCCUUGUUCUAAACCCCAAUGGCGCGGAGGCCCGGCCUGCCCCUGCCGGCGGCCAUCCUCAGAAGAAGCUGUCGAGCUACAGCUUCUUCGUCUUCGGGGAUGACUUCGCCGACAACGGGAACCUCCCGCUAACCGACCCCGUCACCCAGAUGUCGCGGCAAUGGGCCUACCCUUACGGCUCCUCGUAUGUCGACGCCGAUGGAAACCCGCGACCAAAUACUCCGUUGGGACGCUUCUCCAACUACCAAAUCCAAUCAGAUUUCAUCGCAACGAUCUUGGGGCUCGAGGAAGCACCUCCGGCGCAUGCUCUGACAGCGGAGAAAACCUGCGACCCGUCCGGCAUGACCUUCGCUUAUGCUCGCGCUGGCGUCUUGGAUAGCUCGUCAACGCACAAUGUCCCAACCCUUGCCAAGCAGGUCGACACUUUCAGGAAGAUGGUCAAGGAUGGGACCAUUACACAGCAGCAACUCAGUCGCUCUGUUGCCCUCGUCGCUAUAUCCGGCAACGACUACCACGGGAGCUCCAACACCAUUGGCCUAAGCACCCCCAACGAUAUCAAUGCUUAUAUUGGGAAGGUGACGAAGGAGAUUGCAGCCAACGUGGAGCAAUUGCAGAAGCUAGGGGUGACAAAGGUUGUCGUCAACAACCUGCACCCCGUCGGAUGCACGCCAUUGCAAACACGGACCAACAACUACACCGCGUGCGACGUCUUUGGAAAUUUGGGUGCAUCCGUCCAUAACAAUAACCUCAAACAAACGAUGGAGGGCAAGAAAAAUGUCCACGUUGCCGACCUCUACACCUCCUUCAGUAAUAUUGUGGAUACCGCCCCAGGUAAAGGCCAAGAGCUAUCUAAACAAUUCAAGCGCAAGCUUUCACCGUGCUGCGAAAGUUUUGAUUCAAAUGGUUACUGCGGGCAACAAGGCGAUUCCUCGGAGCUUUUGUACAGUGUAUGCGACAAGUCCAAUAAAUUUUUCUACUGGGAUGACAUGCACCCAACGCAUGCAGGGUGGGAGGCAGUGAUGAAGCAAUUGGAAAAGCCCUUGAGAGAGUUUGUAGAUCAAGACUAG